AGUCCUCCAAAAACACCAAAAUUGUUUUAUCAGAUUUUGAGACAAGGAUUUGAUUAAAUUACAGAUGUUUAUUAAAGAUUUGCCUUUAAUAUAGAUAAGAUAAAAUGUUAAAUAAUAUAUAAACUGGAGACACAGAAACUAAGUAGCAGACCACUCUAUCACCAACAAUGAAACUUCUGGUUGUUGUUAUCCUCGGUGUGGUGGCAGCGGUCGCGGCAGACGUGGGCUUCCCUCCAAUCUUCCAAGACUACCAUGAGGAAGUCGGAAUCCCCGCGGCCAAGCGCAUCUGGAUGAUGGAGCAGUCGAUUGAUUUCGACGGCUCCAGAAUUGUUGGUGGACAGCCAUCGCGGCUUGGAUCCCAACCUCAUUUGGGUGGUCUGCUGAUUACCCUGACAAAUAACAGACAGUCGGUCUGCGGCUCGUCUCUCCUGUCCAACACCAGGGCAGUGACGGCCGCUCACUGCUGGAGGCACGGCAUCAACCAGGCUCGUGAAUUCCUCGUCGUGCUGGGCUCUACCCUCCUCUUCUCCGGCGGCACCAGAGUCAGCACCAGCUCUGUGUCCACGCACGCCAACUACAACAUGCUCACUUUGAACAACGAUAUUGCUAUGAUCAUGCUGCCCCACGUUGCUUUGACCAACAACAUACAGCCAAUCGCCCUCGCUACCGGUAACGACCAAUACGUCGGAGCGUGGGCCGUCGCUGCGGGAUUCGGCGCUAAUGGUGACAACCGUCCCAUCACCCAAGGUCAAGCUAAGCACGAAGCGAGCCUGCAAAUCAUCACUAACGCCGUGUGCGCGCGCACCUACGGCACCGCCACUGUGGUCGACUCUACCAUCUGCACGGCCACCACCCACGGCCAGAGCACCUGCCCCGGAGACUCUGGCGGCCCUCUCGCCAUCGGCACUGGCAGCAGCCGCCUUCUGAUCGGUAUCACGUCGUUUGGACACCGCGACGGCUGCGAGCGUGGCCACCCUGGCGGCUUCGCGCGAGUCACCUCCUUCGCCCCCUGGAUCACUAGCAACCUCUGAAUUCAACUCAUUAAAAAUAAUAUUUAAGUAAUAUAAAUAAUAAAUAAAAUGAACUGAAAGAAA